AUGAGUGCUCUUUCUUCACCUUUGACUUCUGCUGCUAAGAAUGAUGGAACAGUUGCUUUGGUUAAAUCUGGCUCCGAAAUUGUCAAGACUACCCCUGCAGAUGAAUAUCUUACUGCUGCUCUGAAUGACUUUGAUCCAGAUCAAUAUGAAGGUCAUGCUGCCAUUUCCGACGGUGCGAACAAGCUUUUGAUGCUGGUUUUGGCUGCUGUCAUCAAAGCUGGUGCCUCUAGAGAGCAUGAGAUACUUGCUGAAAUUAGAGAUUCUGUUUUCUCUUUUAUUAGGAAAAUGGAACCAAAGCGAGUAAUGGACACCAUGUUUGUUUCACGUGUUAGAUUUCUGUAUAUAAGAUCUUUACUUGCAAGGUCCCCAGGAUUGCAAUCAAUUAAGGUUUUGCCUGUCGAGUGCUUUCUUGAGAAGGCUAAUACGGGGCGCAGUAGAAGUUCCAACUGA